AAUCCAAAUCUUCUCUAAACUUCUUUAUUCUUUUCCAAUUUAUCGGUAAAAUAUUGAUCAUCCAGAUUCUGAAUACCAAAAUCCAAAUAUUGAAGGGUUGAAAAUAGCGGGGACAAGACAACAAACUAAAUAAGGAAUCCAUCCAUCCCUCCUUUUUUUUAUUGCCCUUCUUUCGAAAAGUGAAACAGGGUUACUUUUCUAUUACCUUUCAUCACAUCUUCAUAUCUUGAAAGAUUCCUCCAUCAUUCUCUUUCCUUCCCCUUCAAUACCUUCAAGACCCAAGCUCUUUUUAUUCUUUUAUUCUUGAUUUGUUUGUGAAUCACAAGCAAUUUCGAGUUGAACCUCAUCCACUCUUUGAUUUCGGUUUGCCAAGGCGAGGGCGAUUUCGAAUCUGUCUGACCGUCCCUGAAUCCCACCGCCCUACAAAGAAUAUAGGUCAGAAUCAGAAUCUUGAACAACCAACAAUUCUCCUUUGAUUCAUUUCUCAUCCAUCAACUCUCUAUCAACAAAAUCACGUAGAUUUUAUCACUAUAAAUUCCAAAGUUUAAUAGUUUGAUCACUUGACAAAGAGUUCUUGAUUAUUUCCACAAACAUGGCUUACUCUGGCAACGGAGGCUAUGAUGAGCACAAGCUCCAAGAUCUCCCCCCCGGGGGUAGCGUAAGUUUUUUUUAAAUUCCCGACUUCGCAGAUUGCGAAAUAGCUUUUUCUAACCGUCUCUGUUACAGUAUCAUCAUCCUCAAGAUGAAGAGGAGGGAGCUUUACCCUUACUCGACUCUGGUGGACAUGGCGGCCCAUUCAAUAGUCCUUACGAUUCGCACGGUCAGGGAGGUCUUCGAGCGAAUACUCCUCCUGUUAGACCUGUUUCCGCCUACAGUCUUACGGAAACGUAUGCGAACGAUCCACAACCAUACAGCAGCGAUUAUAGUUCCUCGCACACAUACAAUGAGCAAUUAGAAGAUAACCCAUACCCACGAACCAAUUCACCAUUGUCCCGAACCGAGACUUCUUCCACCGAGGCAUGGAGACAACGACAAGCUCCUCAAACUGGUGGACUCAAACGUUACGCUACAAGAAAGGUCAAACUUGUACAGGGAAGCGUCUUGAGCGUCGACCAUCCAGUACCCAGUGCCAUCAAAAAUGCUAUCCAGCAAAAAUACAGAAAUGACUUGGAGGGUGGCAGCGAAGAAUUCACACAUAUGCGUUAUACCGCUGCAACUUGCGAUCCUGACGAGUUCACGCUGAAGAACGGUUACAAUCUGAGACCUGCAAUGUACAAUCGUCAUACUGAGUUGCUCAUCGCUGUCACUUACUAUAACGAAGACAAGCAGUUGACAGCCCGUACCCUUCACGGUGUCAUGCAAAACAUCCGCGAUAUCGUCAAUCUCAAAAAAUCUGAUUUCUGGAAUGUCGGUGGACCAGCAUGGCAAAAGAUUGUCGUCUGCCUCGUGUUUGAUGGUAUCGAUCCUUGCGACAAAGACACGCUUGAUGUUCUUGCUACAAUUGGUAUCUACCAAGAUGGUGUCAUGAAGAAGGAUGUCGAUGGAAAGGAGACUGUUGCUCACGUUUUUGAAUACACAACUCAACUUUCAGUUACUGCCAGUCAACAACUUGUGCGUCCAACCGAGGGUGAUGCCAACUGUCUUCCCCCAGUGCAAAUGAUGUUUUGCUUGAAAGCAAAGAACACGAAAAAGAUCAAUUCCCAUAGAUGGUUGUUCAAUGCAUUUGGUCGCCUUCUCAAUCCUGAAGUCUGUAUUCUUCUCGAUGCCGGUACCAAGCCAGGUCCGAAGUCCUUGUUAUCUCUGUGGGAGGGUUUCUACAAUGACAAAGAUCUUGGAGGUGCUUGUGGUGAAAUUCACGCCAUGUUGGGUCCAGGAGGCAAGAAGCUUCUCAAUCCCCUUGUUGCUGCUCAGAACUUCGAGUACAAGAUCAGUAAUAUUCUUGAUAAGCCGCUCGAAAGUUCUUUUGGAUAUGUCAGUGUGUUACCGGGAGCUUUCUCGGCAUAUCGAUUCCGAGCUAUCAUGGGACGACCCCUUGAGCAGUACUUCCACGGAGAUCACACUUUGUCUAAGAUUCUUGGAAAGAAGGGUAUCGAGGGAAUGAACAUUUUCAAAAAGAAUAUGUUCUUGGCCGAAGACAGAAUUCUCUGUUUCGAACUUGUAGCCAAGGCUGGUAGCAAAUGGCAUUUGACCUAUAUCAAAGCAGCUAAAGGAGAGACUGAUGUACCCGAAGGAGCUGCUGAAUUUAUUGGUCAACGUAGAAGAUGGCUUAACGGUUCAUUUGCGGCAGGAAUGUAUUCCAUCAUGCAUUUCGGCAGAAUGUAAGUCAUCUUGUCACAGUGUACUCUUAGGGUCACUAACUAACGUUUUCAUAGGUAUAAGAGUGGUCAUAACCUUGUCCGCAUGUUCUUCUUGCAUAUUCAAUUCUUAUAUAACGUCUUCUCCAACUUCCUCAGUUGGUUCAUGUUGUCUUCUUUCUGGCUCACAACUACUGUUAUUAUGAAUCUUGUCGGUACUCCUACUCCCGCUUCGGACACAACUGCACUUCACCAUGGCUGGCCUUUCGGUGAUACUGCUACUCCAAUCAUCAACACAAUCUUGAAGUACCUCUACCUAGGAUUCCUGCUCGUUCAAUUUAUUCUGGCGCUUGGCAACAGACCUAAGGGAUCUAAGGUCACUUAUCUCGUAUCUUUUGUAGUUUUCGGUGUUAUUAACAUUUAUGUCCUUGUCUUAUCCAUGUACCUGGUCGUUCGUGCUUUCUCGUCAGGAGAUAGUAUUGACACUAGUAGCACGAAAGAUUUCUUCGAGAGUUUCUUUAGCAAUAGCUCGAGUUCUGGAGCUGGUAUCAUUAUUCUCGCUUUGGCUGCAACAUUUGGAUUGUACUUCGUUGCAUCCUUCAUGUAUAUGGAUCCAUGGCACAUGUUCCAUUCCUUCGGGCCAUACCUCUGCCUCAUGUCGUCCUACAUCAACGUUCUCAUGGUGUACGCUUUCAGUAACUGGCAUGAUGUGUCUUGGGGUACCAAAGGAUCUGACAAGGCAGAAGCUCUGCCAUCCGCGAAAACUACGAAGGUUGACGGUAAAGCAGCAGUUAUUGAAGAAAUCGACAGACCACAAGAGGAUAUUGACAGCCAGUUUGAGGCGACAGUCAAGCGUGCUCUUAGUCCAUUUGUUCCUGUAGUCGAAGAUGAGAGCAAGACCUUGGAGGAUUCUUACAAAUCUUUCAGAACCAAGCUUUUGAUCUCCUGGGUCUUUUCGAACGCUUUAUUGGCUGUUGCUAUCACGAGUGACAGUGUCGACGGCUUUGGUUUCGGAGUGAGUUAUAUAUCUUUUUGUAUUCCAGAUUUCAUGCUAACAUCAUCUUCAGGAUACUGCUUCAGUAAGAACUGCCAAGUUUUUCGAGAUUCUACUUUACUCAACGGCUUUCUUGGCACUUAUUCGAUUCCUUGGAUGUUCUUACUUCUUGUUCAAAUCUGGAAUCAUGUGCUGCUUUAUGAGACGUUAGACGAGACUUAAACCGUACAUACUCCCAGGAAUCAAAAUAUCUACUCAUACCACCAAAUGGUUCUGAGUGAUACACGGUUCUUUUUCAUGAAAUAGGGACAGGGUAAGGAAGAACGGAAUUUGGAGGAUGGGCGCUUUGUAUGGAGGCGUGAGCACCUGUUAUUGGAAAAGACACGGCGAGUGAAUCUGCAGCAAGCAACCAUUUUUGCGUUAUACUUGCACAUAUGGGGGCUUCUAGAAUUUUUUUUCUGCUUAGGAUGGUCUCUAUAUUGCAUGUUUGAGUAGGCGUUUCCAUUUAAUACUAUUGAAUACCCUUGGAUGAAUAACUUUCGCUCCUAUUUUUGAGUUAUACGCUAU